GAGCCGAACCGGACCGAGCGGAGCCGAGCCAAGCCGAGCCGGGGGCGCAGAGCGCGGGAGGCGGCGGCGCGGAGCCCAGGCAGCUCUGCUGCUGAUGGAACUGCUCCGGCCUGGCUGAUGAAGUUGGUACACACACCAUGUCAUCAUGUGUCUCUAGCCAGCCCACCAGCGACCGGGCGGCCCCCCAGGAUGAGCUGGGAAGUGGGCGUGGCAGCCGGGAAGGCCAGAAGCCCUGUGAGGCACUGCAGGGACUGUCAUCUUUAAGUAUCCACUUGGGCAUGGAAUCCUUCAUCGUGGUCACCGAGUGUGAGCCAGGCCGGGGUGUGGACCUCAGCCUGGCCCGAGACCAGCCUCUGGAGGCUGAUGGCCAGGAACUCCCCCUCGAUGCCUCAGAAUCUGAGUCACGGUCCCUGCUUUCUGGUCGCAAGAUGUCCCUGCAGGAGCGGUCCCAGGGCGGGCCGGCAUCCAGCAGCAGCCUGGACAUGAAUGGACGCUGCAUCUGCCCACCCCUGUCCUACUCACCAGCAAGCUCCCCACAGUCCUCUCCCCGGAUGCCCCGGCGGCCCACAGUGGAGUCACACCAUGUCUCCAUCACUGGUUUGCAGGACUGCGUGCAGCUGAAUCAAUAUACGCUGAAGGAUGAAAUCGGAAAGGGCUCCUACGGUGUUGUCAAGCUGGCCUACAAUGAAAAUGACAAUACUUACUACGCAAUGAAAGUGCUGUCCAAAAAGAAGUUGAUCCGACAGGCUGGCUUUCCACGUCGCCCCCCACCUCGAGGUACUCGCCCAGCUCCAGGGGGCUGCAUCCAACCCAGGGGCCCCAUCGAGCAGGUGUACCAGGAAAUUGCCAUCCUCAAGAAGCUGGAUCACCCCAACGUGGUGAAGCUGGUGGAGGUCCUGGAUGACCCUAAUGAGGACCAUCUGUACAUGGUGUUUGAAUUGGUCAACCAAGGGCCUGUGAUGGAAGUGCCCACCCUCAAGCCACUGUCUGAAGACCAGGCCCGGUUCUACUUCCAGGAUCUGAUCAAAGGCAUCGAGUACUUACAUUACCAGAAGAUCAUCCACCGGGACAUCAAACCUUCCAACCUCCUGGUGGGGGAAGACGGGCACAUCAAGAUAGCCGACUUUGGUGUGAGCAACGAAUUCAAGGGCAGCGACGCCUUGCUGUCGAACACCGUGGGCACACCCGCCUUCAUGGCACCCGAGUCGCUCUCAGAGACCCGGAAGAUCUUCUCUGGCAAGGCCUUGGAUGUCUGGGCCAUGGGUGUGACUCUGUACUGCUUUGUCUUCGGCCAGUGCCCUUUCAUGGAUGAACGAAUCAUGUGUUUGCACAGUAAGAUCAAGAGUCAGGCCCUGGAGUUUCCAGACCAGCCUGAUAUAGCUGAAGACUUGAAAGAUCUGAUCACCCGGAUGUUGGACAAGAAUCCAGAGUCCAGGAUCGUGGUGCCUGAAAUCAAGCUGCACCCUUGGGUCACGAGGCACGGGGCUGAGCCACUGCCGUCGGAGGACGAGAACUGCACACUGGUCGAGGUGACCGAAGAGGAAGUCGAGAAUUCAGUCAAACACAUUCCCAGCCUGGCAACCGUGAUCCUAGUGAAGACCAUGAUUCGUAAACGCUCUUUCGGUAACCCGUUUGAAGGUAGCCGGCGGGAAGAACGCUCCUUGUCAGCACCCGGGAACCUGCUCACCAAAAAACCAACCAGGGAGUGGGAGCCCUUGUCUGAGCCCAAGGAAGCAAGGCAGCGAAGACAGCCUCCGGGGCCCAGAGCCAGCCCCUGUGGGGGAGGAGGAAGCACUCUUGUGAAAGGUGGUCCCUGCGUGGAACGUUGUGGGGCUCUGACCCCCGGCUCCUCACCACGCAUGCCUCCACUGCAGCCGGAGGAGGCGAUGGAGCCGGAAUAGCUUCGUGGACCACCUGACCUCGCAUGCCUGGCUGUGUGGCCCUGCACGGGGCUGCUGCACCCUGCGUUUCCAUAGCAGCAUGUCCUACGGAAACCGAGCACGUGUGUAGAGCCUUGACUGUCAUCUCUGGUUAUCUGUUUUUUUGUUUGUUUUUUCGUUGUUGCUGUUGUUUUUCUUUUCCUUUCCUUUCUUUUCUUUCCCUUUGUUGUCUAAGGGGACAAAGAAAAAAAAAAAGGACUUGACUCCAUGACGUCAUCGACUUUGGCCGCUGGCUGGCCGGACUGGCCGGUUUGAGGAGUUGCAAACCGAAACCAACAUGCAUUUUGGGACAAUUGCUUUUUAAAAUGUUUUUAUGCCAAAAAAGAAAAAACAAAAAAACAAAAAAACUUCCAUUGUGAAUUCAGAACCAUGUCAGAUGUACCAGGUGAAUGUGUGUGGGGAGACUCCUGCUGGCUGGGGCUACACUGAGGAGGAUUAGAAGGAGCGGUGCGACCCACACACAAACCCCAUGCUUGGGCACCUUCCAGGACCGUGGAAAGACAGGGCUAGCCCUCAGUAGCUGCCGGGAACUUCGAUGUCAUUUAUUUGUAAUGAGGAGUUCUUAAGUGUUUUUUUUUUUUUUUUAAUGGAUAAAAUUAUAGUCAGGAAAACUAAAAGGGCUUGAAGUUGUAAUGCUUGAGGGGUUCUUUGCAACUCUGAAAGAGCAUUCAGCAGCUGUGGCGGGAGAGGUUUGUCUGGAGGGCUGAACACACUUCUUCAUGUUAGCUACCCAAAAUGGGUUUCUGAGGCCAUCAGCUAAGCUAAUUCUCUUUGUAAAUUGGCAAACAAACAAACAAACAAAACCUUCAGGGUGGUAUCUACUCUUUCAUGUACAUUACAUGGCUUAAGACUCAACAGAUGUUUCCAAGUCUUUAACUAGCCAGAACUCUGGAGAAGUUCACAAGUUACAUACUGGAGCUUCCAAGGAUCUGUGUCCCAGCAUCCUCCGGGCGGCUGCGCAGGAGACUGAGACGAAAUGCGUGCCUGUGUAUUAGCGGCUGCACUUGUUUGUUAACUGUGUAUUCUAGAGACUGUAAGCUUUCUUUCCUUUUCAAUACUGUCUGGUUGAUACAGUUAAUGAAACAUGAGUUUCCCGUGGGGCACUUAGACAAGAUUGUCACUCAGCGCAGGCACAAAUGGCUAUCUUUAGGAUCAAAGCGUUAGUGGGGACUGCAGUGACAUCAGGGUGCCAUUGUAGAGCAAAGUGUCAAAACCCAGAACGCUCCUCAGGGCAAAGGGUCUUCUUUUUUUUGGGGGGGGGGGGUUGUUUUUGUUUUUUUUCCUGUAGCUAAAAGCUUAUUAGAGAGUAAACAGGAACCUUUUUGGCUUUCAGCCAAUAUUAAAAGUUUAGUUGAAGUUUGGGUGUGACGACCCAGGACCACAGAAAAAAAUAGGAAGUUUAAGGGGGCUUCCAGACUGAUUUCCAGUGUUUUGGUAAUGAUUAUCUUGUCAGUAAUGGGGCCCAGAAGACUGCCUCCUGGCCUGUGUGGAGUCCAGGCAUUCCUGGCUUCCUUCCGUAGGGUUUCUUAAGCUCUUGAUUGUAGUGUAACCACUUUGUCUGCUGUUGCACGAGCAGUUAGAAUCCAGGCAAAGACUGCAGUACGGGGAAGGGUCUGUGUGACCAAGGACUUCCUGUCACUUUCCCUUUUUAAAAUUUAAGGAGUAACAACCCAGUGGCUCCACCCCUUGUGGCCACAGAUGGAGUUCAGUUAGUUUGCAAUAAGUAUCUUGUGGUUAAGUUAAAGCCAACAGGUCGUAUAGCUCAGACCCAGCCUGUCUGCUUAGACGCUGGCUUGGCUGAGUGUCCUGCCUGAGCAGGGCAGGCGUUAUACAGAGCUCUGCAGAAUUCUUGUGUUUACACAGCCCUUCUGGACAAUGCUGUUUCUCCCGGCCACAGCCAUGGCACCAUUGUCCAGGAUGUCUUAGGAUUGCUAGCAAUCAGGCAGAAGAAAUUGAGAGGUCUGCAUGGGUAACUUUUUGUCUUAAACAAAGAAACACCAAAGAAAGCUGUGGAAAGGAGUUACUCCCCCCAACCCCCACAUCCUGCCCAGCUGUUGUGGAAAGUAUAAGAGGUCCAGCCGUAACUAGAGCACAAACAUUGUUUUCAAAGUAUCAUUAGUGAGAAGAGAAGCUGUCAGAGUGGCUUUUCUCUGUGGGCAGAUAGGAUGCCCACGAUUCCUUCCGUGGCUGGUUCACCCAUGAUUCAUGUGUAAGCAGCCUUUUCGGCCUUGAAGGAAGCACAAGCCCCAUUCCUCUCUUUCUGUCUUUAUUGCCUCCCCAUGCGUCUCACAGGCUCCCAGACACCUUACAGAGACCCUUGUUCUCCCUUGGGGAUGCAGUCCCUACUGGUCUGGCCUUUCCAUGGGACAGAAUUCUUAUCCUUGUAUCUUUGUAGACUUAGAAUAACAGCUGUACAAGUUGACACCAGGUUAGGCCUGCAGUUCUCGCCCAUCCUCCAGGGGGCGCACUUAACAUUGCCAACAAGGAACCACAGCCUCCAGUCGCUCCCAAGGUGCUAGGGAAGAUUGUGGUUUCUGGCUUCUCCAGCUCUAUGGGCUCGAGUUUCGUGGGACUUUGGACUUUUAUAUUUUGGUGACCAGUACCCUCCACUUCUGUUUGAUUCCCCUUGACCUCUCUACUAUGCAUUUUCCUUUUAUCAGGUGUAUAAAGUUAAAUACUGUGUAUUUAUCACAUACAAGUACAUGAACUUAAGAAGAUGAGCAUUCGGUUGUUUCCACAGGUGAUCAAGCUUCUCUGUAAACUUGAAAUAAACAGACAGCAAAAAUGG